AUGGGCAAACUUGUAAAUAGGAACCAGGCCGCAUUUAUAGCAACCUGCGCUGGUGAUUCACAGGUACGUGUGCACGACGUAGAAAGAAGUGAAACGAUAAACGUUUUUGAUUGUCAUUCGCGGCGUGUAAAGCGGCUUGAAACGAAUCGGACGGAACCCUUCAUUUUCUUCUCUGCUUCAGAAGAUGGGACCAUCCGCCAGUUCGAUAUUCGGUGCCCUCGAAAUUCUGCAUCCGUGGCGUCACCAAAUGUCCUCAUAGAUUUGUCUCGGCAUAUUGGGGAGGAAGCGGAGGCUAAAUGCCUGGCUUCCAACCCAGUCUAUCCUCAGUUGUUAGCCGUUGGUGCGAACGACGCUUACAUUCGACUUUUCGAUCGCAGAUUUACCCCCCUACAGUCUUCAUUGGCAGCGCUUAUUCAAGCGUCAGGAUCGCCUGAGGUCAGUUCUCUGUCGCAGCUGCCUUAUGAAGCUGCGCGGUAUUUUGUCCCAGCUCAACCCCUUGCUGAAAAUGGGGCAAUAGAAGAAUAUGCGAUGCGCGCCAGUGAAUUGAUAACGAAGAAAUCCCACGCAGAAGCCGUUGAACUUUAUAACGAAGCUAUUGCUCGUUGGCCGCAUGUCGCUAAACUGUACACUGGGCGCGCAGUUGCCCUAAUUCGUCGGUCAUGGGAUGGUGAUAUUUACGGAGCUCUCGCUGAUUGCCAUAAGGCGAUCUCAUUAACCUCCGAUGAGUUCACAAGCAGUGAUGCUGAUCCACAAAAUAGUCAGACAUCUAACCAAAUUUCCCCCACAGAUUCCCUUCGAAUGACAGCCAAGAUGCUAAUCGCUCGUUGUCUUAUUCCUCUUGGCUGGGUAAGGGCAGCCCGGUCUACACUUGACGAAGUCCGUGUUCGGUAUAUCGAUCGGUAUUUCCCUGCUCCAGAAACUUCCAUUGACGCUAAUAAUAAUAACAACUGCGGAAUGAAAAUAUUUGGGACCUGCCCUCCUGAGGGUCCUCGUAUGAUUUACGAAAUCCAGGACAAGGAGACGAGCCUUUGCGAGCUCGCUUGUAAAAAAAAUGACCAAAAUCCUCGAUUGUACCCUCCAGAAGACACCGCCAAAAUUUCUGAAAACCCCCCUCUUGUGAACGAGGUAAAUGCAGAUCCCUUACCAAUGGACAAAGAACAAAGUAAUGGACCACCCGACCUUUUUUCCUCUCCCUCUUCGUCCUCACUAGAAGGUGUGCAGACGUCUUCUAGCCACCGAGAGUGCAAUUGCAACGAGUGCUCCAUCGAGCGCCGCAUCAAAAAGACUUUCUCAUCCUCUACUGACGGAAAUAAUUCAAGUUUUUUCGAGUAUCGCUGGCGAGGAGAAGCCACAGACUAUGAAAAACGUUUUCUUGGACACUGUAAUACGACUACCGAUAUCAAAGAAGCCACUUUUUUCGGAGGAGAGGAGGAAUAUGUGGCAGCUGGUUCUGACUGUGGUUGCAUGUUCAUAUGGGACCGCGCGACCACAAAUGUCGUUCGAGUUUUGAGGGCCGAUAGCUCAACCGUGAAUUGUGUCCAGCCACACCCUUUCACUUGCCUUAUUGCCUCCUCUGGCAUCGACAGCGUUGUUCGAAUCUGGUCCCCCCGUCCUGAGGAUGAUGAUGAGUGGAAGGACUUGGUCGUGGAGGACCACCUGGUGGCGGCCGCGAACAACCAAGACAUGCUUCACCAAGACCCACUUGAGAUGAUGCUCCGGCAGAUGCGUAACCAGCACCCCUCACUACGCCGACAUGGCACAGCAGCUUCCCCGAAUAAUAACCCCCCGUCUGAUGAUGGUGAUGACAAUAGCUGUGAGGGUAAUACUGAUGAUCGUGAACCCUGGGCAUCUGACGCGAGUUUCACAACCGACGCUAAUCGAUGUGAUUCUCAACCCGCUAUUCCGAGUGUGGAUCAAAAAACAAAUAAUGAAUCGGCAACUUUCCGGACUGAUGCCAGCAGCAGUUCCUUAGAGCCGCCUAUUGCAGCUUGUGUUCUCAAAGAUCAUCCUUCUCUCGAAAGAACAAGCAGACGUCGAUACCAGUCACGCAUCGUACUGGGCUUUCCAUCAGGCGUAGGAGACGUUCGCCCGACAGGCUUUGUGAUCAGACGUCGGCGGCGCCUUGGCCGCCGCAGAUCAAGGCAAGGAGCAGCGGACAGAAAUCACGUUGAGGGAGAAGAUCCAGCUACCACUAGGAGUAAUAGUAGCCAAGAUGGAACUGAGUCAGGCGAAGGCAAUGAUGGUGUUGGAUCCGGCACAGUUUUGGAGUUACCCUGCACGUGGCAGUUCCCGGCCAGGAUGGCAGAGCUCCGUGGCGGCACUGAGCCAACUAACAAGCACACAAGCCCGGACGGAUAA